GAGAGAAAAUGAAUUGAGAGCUUCCCUUCUUUUUAUUUCUUCUCUAUAUUAAGAGUUAGACCUUGAAGGUCUUUUUCCCAUAUUCAAUAACCUCAUAUUAUUCAUUUCUUGAGCAAAUUUAAAGAAUGGAACAAGAAACCCAGUAUUGGAUGCUGAUGAAGAGGAGACAAAUCUUGAAAUCAAAUUUUGAAGCAUGGAACAAUAAUAAUUCGAUUCGAGAUUCGUCGAAAGCUUUCGAAGAAGAUCAUCAUGCUUCAAAUCAUGAUCUUUGUGGAUACAUAUGGCCUCCAAGAUCUUACUCUUGUAGUUUCUGCAAAAGAGAAUUCAGGUCAGCUCAAGCCCUAGGUGGUCAUAUGAAUAUCCAUAGAAGAGAUAGAGCUAGGCUUAAACAAUCUCUAAUUACUCACAAUAAUGAUCUUUUUCUUAAUCUAAAUCAUACUCAAAGUACUCUAAAUUCAUUUGAUUCUCAUAUUUCUUCUUUAGAUUAUGUUCUUGAUCCUCUUACUUCAUCUAGGGUUUCGUCUAGGGUUUCAUCUUCUUCUUCGAUUAUUCAGAAUUCGAACUCGAGACCUGAAACGGUUACGAAUAAUGUGGAAACUGAUUUAUUUAUAGGUUUUAAUAAUUAUUCUGUGGUUAAGGGAAAUUUAUCAACAGUUUCUUGUGGUAAUAUUAGUUUUAAGAGGCCUAAGACUAGUUGUUCUAGUGAUGGCAUAGAUCUUGAGCUCAGGCUUGGUUAAUUAAGUAGCCUUUUAAUCAAUA